UAUUUUCCUUGCCUUUCCCUUCGUUCCAAGCAUAUUUAACACACACUUCUCUCCAAAGCAAUAAAAAGAAAAAAAGGUGGGGUUUUAGCAGAAGGAGAGAUCAGAAAAAUGGAGGAACAAGAAUUUAGACGCCUUCUUGAGCUCUUCCCAUCUGUUCGCUCUCCCGAUUAUUACCUUGAAUUAGAUGAGUCAAGUCAAUCAACUUCCCAGUCCAAGCAGAAAGAGGAGGUGAAGCAAUUGCAAGAUGGUCCAAGUACGGGAGGUAUAGAGUCCAAUACUCGAGCAAUGGAUCAUGAAGCAUUUUGGGGCAAACUAAAAGCAGCUGCAGAGAAAAAGAUGAAUCCAGCAGAAGCAGAAGAAUUUUGCAAGGCAUUUCGACAAGUUUACAGGAAACUUGUGGAUGAAGAACUGAGUUUGGAAGCUGCUCGGAGCUUGCUGAACUCGUGAGGUUUUUUUUUAAUCAAAA